AUGAUCGACUUGGAUUUCCAUGGCCCACGGUUUACUUGGAAUAGGGGAAAUAGUCAAAGCCGGUUGGACUGUGUCCUGGUGAAUGAUGGUUGGCAUGCUACCUUUCCUCAUGCAAAGAAUUGGGUAAAACUGCCAAAUUGGACCUCUUCUGUUUCCUCAUUCACUGAGAAACUGAGACAGUGGGAUAGGGAAGUUUAUGGCAACAUAAAUAGGAAGAAAGAUCAUCUUUAUAGGCAGUUAGACGACUUGAACAGGAAAAUAGCAGCUAUAGGAUGGAGUGAGCAUCUUGAGAAGCUUCGAAACGAGUUAUGGAUGGAACUAGAGGAGAUAUUAUCACAGGAGGAAGUUAUGUGGAUUCAGUUUUCCAGGUGCAAAUGGUAUCAUCAUGGUGACCGAAAUACCAGGUAUUUCCACUCUAUGGCUAGUUACAGAAAACGACAGAAUCGAAUAGAAGCCCUGCAGCUUGAUUCGGGUGAAUGGUCCUACGAUGCAGCUGAGAUUAUGAAUGUGGGGAGAAUAUUUUUUUAA